AUGGCCAGCCAGGACCAGGAUGGGAAGGUCAAUAUGAUCCCAACAGAGAUAUUAGAUCAGAUCACGAUUUAUGCCAUCGACCAUCAAAUUGACAAAUCCGGCUGCGAGACACUGAAGACUCUUCGCCUGGUCAACAAGGCGUUUUGCCAGGUUGCUUCUCGCUUGCUCUUCCGCAGUGUUCGUGCCUGCAUAAGAUAUGACAACCAAACGCCAAACCAGAUUUCGGCAGGCCUGGCUAACCUGUCUGCGUCCGACAACCGACAUUUUGUUUUUGACCUCUGCCUCUACCACUAUGACAGCUACACUCACCUGUUGCCGAGUCCGGAAUCCAUCUUGAUUCAGGUGCUCCAAAACCCACCCCGAGUCCUCAAGCAUUUCCCGUCCCUGCGCCGUGUCCAUAUCAUGGUCCGUUCUGCCGGCCAGGGCACGCUCGAGGCCAUCGGCAAUCUCGUUCCCGACGACGACGUGCCGGAAGGCGUGCCAUUUCUCCCAUUCUUCAGCGUCGAUGCCCUCAUCAUGCGGAAGCACAUAAGCUCGUCUCCCCUGUUGGGUCUGAACCGGUCUAUUCUGUUCUACGUCACGCCCAUGCUUCGGCAUUUCCACCUCGAGUUUCGGUGCAUGGCAGAGAAACCAUGCAUCCCCCAGGCUCUCUGGGCGUUGAGACAUGCAGUCCACCUAGAAAGCGCCGUGCUCGAGAGCCUUGGUCGCAUCAUGGACCCUAUCCCCGUCAACCACAAACCUCUAGGUCUCGUACACCCCCGAGCCCCCCUGCGUUCCUUGUACAUCUACGACACCAUCCUCCCGCUAUCGGCCCUGUUGACCAUCAUAGAAUGCAGAGAAACCCUGGAAGUCGUUCUCUUUUCCCAUGUUCGGCUCUCUCAUGGCAGAUGGGAGGUCCUCCUGCGAGAGUUCCUGGUUGGCUUCCCCCGGCUCCGCUGUAUUUCGCUCCGACUAUGUGGGUAUGUCAGUGGGAUCGAGGCCCAAUUUGGCUUCGCGCGCCAAAUCACAAGACAAUACUCGAUCACUGGAGCGGACUUCAGGGUAUACCGCCAGUGUGUGGAGCAAUUGGAACAGAACGGGGAGUCGUCAAGUGCGGUACUGGAGAGCAAAAACAACGCUUAUACUGUGAACAGUACUUCGCGCUUGGGAUAUCGGUGGUUGGGUUCGGAGGCACCCUAA